AUGCGUACUGAGCCCGAUACUCAACUGGCGACUCUUCGUGAAGAUGUCCAGCAGUCCAUGUUGGACAUCAGAGAAUGCCAGCGCGAGGUCGCUCGACUGAUGCUCGAGGAGGACGACGCGCGCAAGGCCCGCAAUCGCCUGCAGAUUGAGGGAGACCAAGCUCGUGUUGCUCGAGAUCGGUUGCAACAAGAGCUUCAUGACCUCGCCAUUGCGAAUGAGGCAGCACGAGGCCAGAUAUGGGGACCGACGGAGCUCGCCGCCAGAAGAUUUCUUACAAGCACAGUCCCGCCCGCGCUCGCCACAGUCGAUCAGAAAUGCUGGUUCAAUGCCAUCAUCACGAUCGCAUGA